CUAUUGUGCAUAGAUAAUGGCUGGAUGGACUUGUGUCAGCUGACGGGUCCGCUGUUCCGCCCGGUCGGGCUUUCUUACUUUACUUGAUCCUUAUCCAUUUAUGGAUCCGUUUGUACUCCUCUUCUUUGACGAUUUCCUGCUCAUUUCACCUACAACUUUAUCCCUCUUGAUGUAUUUCAUAGGCUUUGAAAAUCCGUGUAUUCAGUUUCCGGGACUCUGGGCGGUCACGGGCUUUGUCGUACUUAAUAAAAUCUUAUUUGAGGUUCGAUCCUAAUUCGAGAUUCGGGCCGUAGGCCCGAUGCACAGGUGGUUGGGGUUUCGGGAGUGGAAGGCGAAUGAUC